AUGUCUACAGCUACUGAAAAUCCAUCAAUGGAUACUAAGUCAGAAUCAAUAAUCAAAUCAUCAUUUCAUCCUACAACAAACGUUCAUCGCAAAUGGUGGAAAGAAUCUAUAGCAUAUCAAAUUUAUCCAAGAUCAUUUCAAGAUGGUAAUGGAGAUGGAAUUGGUGAUAUACAAGGCAUUAUUCAACGGCUUGAUCAUAUCAAAGAUCUUGGAGCUAAUCUGAUUUGGAUUUGUCCAAUUUUUAAAAGUCCAAACGAUGAUAAUGGAUAUGAUAUAUCUGAUUUUCAAGAUAUCAUGGAUGUAUUUGGUACAAUGGAGGAUGUUAAUGAACUUAUAAAACAAGUUCAUGAUCGAAAUAUGCAUAGUUCAGAAAUUGAUCUUGAAAAUGAACCAAUACAUAAGAAACGAGAACGACAACGAUCACUUGUACUUAAUCUAGAAAAUAUAGCACCUGUUGUACAAAAUGAUCCAAAUUCAGCUGAUCAACGUCGUCGAUCAUUUUCUACUGUAAUAUCUCAAGUAUCAACAAAACCAAGUUUUAAAGGUCAUCAUGCUGAUAGUUCAUCGGAUGAAGAUGAUGACAAGGAAAAAUCCACAACAACAAGUGGAGUUGAAGAAGAAUCAACUGAUAUAAGUGGAAAAGAUAUUGAUUAUUCUGUUUUAUAUGAUGAUACAAUUGAAGAUUUUAGUUAUACAAGUGCACGUGAACAAGCUCAAAAGCGAAUUCUACGUGAUCAACAAGAAAUGAUGUUACAACAAAUCAAAGAACAAGAAUAA